CCGAAGCCAAGCAAGCACGCCUGUCGCGCCUGUCGCCUCAACGUGUCGAAUCGACAUGUUCGACUAUGAGCACCUGGACAUGGCGGAGGAGGAGCCUGCUCCAAAAGCGCCCAGCCUUCCGGAGGAGGAGCCUGCUCCAAAAGCGCCCAGCCUUCCGGAGGAGGAGUCUGCUCCAAAAGCGCCCAGCCUUCCGGAGGAGGAGCCUGCUCCAAAAGCGCCCAGCCUGCCCGAGGAGGAGCCUGCUCCAAAAGCGCCCAGCCUUCCGGAGGAGGAGCCUGCUCCAAAAGCGCCCAGCCUUCCGGAGGAGAAACCCCGGCUCCGCGGCUCGGGGGACUUCCGGACUCUGCCGCGCGCGGCUUGGGAGCGCUUGCACGGCCGCUUCCAGCAGGCAUCAUCGCAGAUUGACGAGCAGGCGAGCGGCCUCGAGGCCAAGAUCGUGAAGACCGAGAAAGAGUUCAGAAGUAAGGUCUCCUUGACCGAGCCGGAUGAAGCGAGCCUGAGGUCGCUGGUGGAGGACAUGAGUUUGCGAGUGGCCAGCUUCGUCACACGCGUCGACCACGAGGAAGAACAGCGGCGCACGGUGUCGGAGCGGCGUCGGAAGGCCACGGAUGCGGUGUCAAAUGCCUCGCUGUCGUUCGCUGAGUUCUUGGGCCGACCGGAGCCAGUUGGUGGUGACUCUUCUAGGGGGCUCCGCGUUGCCAGAUCGCGGACAGAUUGCGGCGAGGCCAUUCAGAUGGUGGAUUGCGAUGAGUACCUGGUGGUGGUCACCGGCGAGUUUCGGCUGCAAAAGGGCGAGGAGGAACUCAUCGUCCGGGAGGGCGAGGGCAUCUUCCUGGAGGCCGGCGAGAAGGUCCUUUGGAAAUGGGACCACCUGGUGCAAUUCAUCACCAUCCACCUGCCGGAGCGGAAAGGGCGACAAGGAAUGGUGGAUUGCGGUGUGCAGGCGCCAGAGGAGAAGAGCCUGUGGGCAACAAAGCUGGAGCCGGGCCGUGCAAAGAGCCGAGAGGAGCUGAAGAGGGGUGAGAUGGGCUAUUUGAAGAUGCCCGCAGAGCAGGAGUCGAGAAGGUCCGGGGAAUCUGUGGAUACCACAGACAUCAAGGAGGCGUCCGAGUCAGCGCCCAGCGAAACGGACGUGUCUGCCCGCGCAGAGAUUGCCAACUCGACGUCACCUUCAGGUGACAUGAACCGGAUCAAGUCGCUCUCGGCGUUCGAGCAGCUGGUGGACAACACGGAGCGCCUCAGGCUGCGAGAGGAGAUGGAGGAGCGAGCAGUGGAUCGUCCUGCACGCUAUGGAGCCCGGCAUCUCAACACCCCGGUGGUGAUCGUUUCCUCAGAGAUCAACCCCUGGUCCAAGACAGGGGGCCUGGCGAUGGUGGCCUCCAGUUACGCGUACGAGUUUGCGAUUCGAGGACACCGGACGAUGGCCGUGUCGCCGCGCUAUGCCAACUACGAGGGCUGCAAGCGAGUGGGCUCGACCAAGGCGUGGCUCGCGGGCCAAGAGCACGAGCUGGUCUACUACCAUCAGCGACAGGACUUUGGCAAUGGCCGUGGCUGUGAUUACGUCUUUGUGGAUCACAGCUGCUUCCAUCGACCUCAAGGCCUCUACGGCGAGCCCACGGGCGGAGAAUACCCGGACAAUUGCUUCCGCUUCUCUCUUCUGUGCAUUGCAGCAGCAGAAGCGCCUUUAGUCUUGAAUUUGGGCGGCUCAAUUUACGGCCAGGAGGUUUGCUUCAUCGCAAAUGACUGGCAGACGGGCAUGCUGCCUGUGUACUUGCUUUACAAGUACAAGCGCAACCGUACCUUUCUGAAGGCGAGAUGCAUGAUGGUCCUCCACAACUUGGGCUACCAGGGAAAGUACAGGAUGAGUCACUAUCCCAUGGACAGGUUCUUUGGUCUUCCCGACGUAGCCGCGAAAGACCUACAGGGCGAAGACAUGCACUUCGGCGAGGACUGCAUCAACCUCUUGGGUGGCGGCGUCAGAGUGGCCGACCGCGUUCUGACGGUGUCACCGAACUAUGCCUUCGAGAUCCAGACGCCGGAAGGGGGCCAUGGCCUACACACCUCUUUGCGGGAGAAGGCCUCAAGGAAGCGAGUCAUGGGCAUCCUGAACGGCAUCUCAGACGAGUGGAAUCCCUUGACAGAUCCGCACAUCGUAAUGCGAUUUGGAAAAGACAACUUUGAAGAGGGCAAGCGCUGCUGCAAGGCUGAGCUCCAGCGGCAGCUGGGACUCUUGGAGGACCCCAGCCUGUGCUUGAUCGGCUUCUGCGGCCGGCUCUGCUAUCAGAAGGGCAUCCACCUAAUCAUGGAGAGUUUGCCCUGGCUGAUGCGGGAUGAGGGCAAUGGCGUGAAUGGCUACGUUCAGAUUGCGCUCAUGGGCAAAGGCGACAUGAAGUACGAGAGUCAGCUGCGCGCGGCAGAGGAAUCCUACAGGGGUCGCGUGUGUGCCUUUGUCGGCUUUGAUCCGAUCAUCGAGCACCGCAUGAUGGCUGCCUGUGACAUCCUCCUGAUGCCCUCACAGUACGAGCCUUGUGGUCUGCCGCAGAUGUAUGCCCAGCAGUAUGCCACCCUUCCAGUGGUGCACGAGACUGGCGGGCUGAAGGACUCCGUGCGGGGCCUCUGGAGCUCAGAGCAUGAUAAAAAGCAUGCCACGGGUUUCAUGUUCGACGGCUUCGACCCCAACAAGCUGAAGGAGCGCCUCUACCAGGCAAUGGACAUCUUCCGGCACAAAAAGCCAUUGUGGCGCCAGAUGCAGAUGAAUGCCAUCAAAUGUGAUUAUUAUUGGCCGCAGGCCAUCGAUGAAUACGAAAGAAACAUCGACCAGGUGAUGGAGGACGACCCCUGCUGUUGGUAGAUCCUCUGAGUGCCAUUCUGAAUGAAUUUCUAUCGCGCGAGCGGUGCGCAUGAUGAGCACGGGUUUGAACAUUCCCACUUCCGAGCCACCGUGACUCGUCAUGUUGCUGUUUGCCUUUUGCCGAAUAGUUCAAUCCUGCCAUGGGCAUGUAUGCUUAUGGCCUAGCGCAAGUCUCGCACCACGCCAGAAUCAUGGCUGGUCUGUUUCCACCUCGCAACCUUGAUGCUUGGUUGCCUAUGGCCGCACGCGCCAUUGGCAUUCGCCUUCCGCGGCUUGUGCCACGAAGGCUCGCACCGAGAAACACGGCGCCGUGUUGCCGGCGCCUCUCGCGAAAGCGGAGAAAGCAAAAAAAAUCGGCCGAUGAGGCGGCUGGUCUUCGCGAGGCUCGCGCUUAUGCCAAUUGAGCAGCGCCCAAAACGGUUCGAGUCAA